UUUGUUUUGAUACAUUUACAUUUAUUUACAUUUUUAUUUGCAUACUUAUUAGAUAACGAAUUCUUAUCAAGUUUUUAAUUAUUAUUUUAUUAGAAAACUCCUUUAAAAUGAGACGUAUUUCUAGAAUAAGUUGUGUUUAUUUGAAGAAUCUUAAAGAAAGCAAUAUAAAUCAACAAAGAUUAUUAUUCACUGGCACAGUACAGGCAAGACCAUGUUUAGCUUUGGAAUGGGAAACAAGCAAGGAAACAAUAUUUAAUAAUUUAAAUUUUAAUCAACAAAAACGUGCCUAUGCUCCAACCACAACAUCUAAUGCCCAAGAAUGCUGGAAUUGUAAAAAGGAACCAAAGCAAGGAGAAAAUUUAAUGAUGUGUCCACACUGUGGUCAUUUGCAAGAUGUAAACACAGAGAUUAACUUUUUCGAACUCUUGGAAUUUCCACAAAAAUUUGAUUUGGAGGCACAAUUACUAACAAAACGUUUCAGACAACUGCAAACUGUGGUACAUCCAGAUAAAUUUAGCAAUAAAACGUCCCGUGAGCAAACAAAUUCUGCUGAUUGGAGUUCAUUAAUCAACAAGGCCUACAAAACUUUGUCCGUUCCACUAGAACGUGGUCAGUAUUUAUUGCAGUUAAAUGGCCGGCAAAUACCCCAAGAUAAUAGUGCUCUUAAUAAAGAGUUUCUCAUGGAAAUGAUGGAACGUAAUGAAGAGGUCGAUGAUGCCUCGACUAAAAAUGAAUUAGAUGCCAUAAAUGAAAGUUUAGCAAAAGAACUGCAAGAAAAGGUUGUAGCUUUAGCAAAUGCAUUUGCGGAGAAUAAUUUAGAUAAGGCCACCUCAUUAUUGGUUGAAAUGAAAUAUUUAAUAAGUAUACAGAAGACAAUUAAAAAUAAAUUACAAAAAUUAAUGGGCAGUUAAGUAGGAAUAAGGAAGCACAAAAUUUAUAGAAUUUAUCGAAAAUUUUCUAUAAAAAAUGUUCUAUUAAUUAUGAAUUUGUGGAAGCUUUUCUAUAAUUUGUGAAUAAAUUAGAUAUAAAAGGAAAAUUUGUUGUUAAUCGAUAAUUUGACAAAAACAACAUGAUUUCGAGAAUUAGUCUAAAAUUUUACAAAAUUGUUCUAUUAAACAUGAUUUGUGGAAACUUUUCUAUAAAUCGUAAAAAUAAAUUUACAAAUUUAUAAAACGAGAAUUCGAGAAUUUA